AUGUCUUCGUCCCAAGUGACAAAUCUAUCCAAAUACACGGCAUGUGACAUUUCUGAUGCUUUGCAUCAGCUGCAAACCCCUGGCUCAGGUUUCAUCCCAGAUCUGGUCCCAUACGGGAGCCUUGCUAGCAGACCGCUUGUGGGCCGGGCUUCAACUGUUCUUUUCACGGAUUACGACCAAGAUCCAGGCAGUCGAGGUCAAGAAAAUGUCCAGAUCAACAAAGAAUGGGUGGACUCCGUUGAAGAAGAUACCGUUGUCAUCAUGAGUCAGCCAGAGGGGCAACAAAAUGCAAUCUUGGGUGGCAUUAAAGCCGUGAGGUUGGCACAGCGCAAUAUCCGAGGUGUUGUUGUUCACGGUCGUGUUCGAGAUAUCGAAGAACUGGGCAAAUCGGGCUUAACAAUAUGGGCAAAGGGGACUUCCACCGUGAAUUCAAGCGGUCUGACCAGGGUUCACUCCUUGAAUGUUCCUCUAGCAAUCCGGGGACUUCCUAUAUCACCGGGCGACAUUGUCUUCGGUGAUCCUAAUGGAGUUGUCGUCAUCCCCCAAAGCAAGUUGGAUAAAGUGCUUGAAUUGCUUCCCGGUCUCGUGAGGCGGGAUAACGAGGCAAUGGAAGCUGUAAGAAAUGGUAUGUCUGUUACAGAUGCCUUUAGGAAGUUCCGGAGAGGUUAG